UCGUAUGGUGUCACCUCCGGGACUCGCUCGCUGCGUCUCAUCGUUGGGACCGCGACAAGAUGGCGGACCUGUCUCUGGACGAGCUCAUACGGAAACGCGGUGUGACGGUGAAGGGAAGACUUAACACAAGGCCAGUGUUCGGGGGCGUAAGAUCUCGCAUUGGGAUCCAGCAAAAUCUUCUGAGUAGAUCAUCGCCAGCUGUGAGCUUCCAGCGGACAUUUGAUGCCCGACAGAAGAUAGGACUCACUGAUGCCCGACACAAACUGGGGGUUAAAGAUGCCCGAGAAAAACUGGUUCAAAAGGAUGCUCGGUUCAAAAUCAAAGGGAAUGUGCAGGAUGCUCGAGAGAUGUUGAAUUCCCGUAAGCAGCAAAGUGUUGCUGCUGAAAAGGUGACCAAAGUGGUGGAUGCCAGAGAGAAGAUCAGCUUAAAAAGGAGCACUCCAGCUGCUAUCAGCCCAGCUAUGGGAACAGUAAAUCCAGCCAUGAAAAUCACCAAAACUAUCCAAGUAGGUAAAGCGAGUCAACCUCUGAGCCCCUCAAAGGCUCCAGUUCCCGGACACUCUCAUCCAGCAGGAAUGAGGAUCAAUGUGGUGAACAAUCAUACACAUAAACAGGGUCUGUAUGACACAGAAGAUGAUGAUGAAAGUGUCUCUCCCCUUCCUAGCAAACAGAUGAAAAUCACCACCACAAACAGUUUCCUGCACAACUCGACUGGUCUGAGCAGCAAUAAAUUCUCUCUGUCCAAGACUGUUCCCCUGACUAAAGUGGUCCAGAAUGAUACGUACACAGCUCCACCUGCACCUCCCCCUCCUAUGCGGACAAAGGCCUUGACAAACAUGUCCCGGACCUUAGUGACAAAGGAAGUGCCUCCAAAAGAGCCAGCACCUGUUGAGCUGGCAUUCAGUCCUUUGGAAGGCACAAAGAUGACCGUAAAUAAUCUGCAUCCUCGAGUCACAGAAGAAGAUAUUGUUGAGUUAUUCUGUGUGUGUGGUGCUCUGAAGCGAGCCCGGCUGGUGCACCCUGGAGUGGCUGAGGUAGUGUUUGUGAAGAAAGAAGAUGCUAUCACAGCAUAUAAGAAAUACAACAACAGAUGCUUAGAUGGUCAACCAAUGAAAUGCAAUCUUCAUAUGAAUGGAAAUGUCAUCACCUCAGACCAGCCCAUAUUGCUCCGACUGAGUGAUACUCCUUCAGUGAAGAAGGAAGGGGAGCCACGCCGGUCAAGUACAAGCGCCUCCUCAAAUCCCCCAGCUGAAGUGGACCCUGAAACUAUCUUGAAGGCACUCUUCAAGUCCUCAGGGGUCUCUGCCUCUGUGCAGCCCACAGAAUUCAAAAUUAAACUCUGAGAGGGGGGAGCAAGCAGUGGACUGGAAAACUCAGAGAAGUUGGGGGAUGAGGAAAGUGCAGGAGUGCAGAUGUUAUUUGCAUUUUCCUGUCCUGAAAUUUUUUGUUUUCUAUGAUCGCUACCUUACUGUACAAUAGUGUUUCCUCUUGUGUGUGUACUUUCUGUUUUCAUAGUUGGAGCUUUCUUCCAUUAUUUUUUUUUCCCCAAGAGAAUAACCUCCCCCUUCUGCCAGUAAUGUAUUACCAAGCAUAUACCAUGUAACUUCAUCCUUUACUCCAAAGCCCUCAGUGGCCAUUAAAAGUGCACAUAGACUUUGA